AUGGAUACAGAGAUCUCAGUCCAGGAACAGAGUCCUCUCGGGCCGGAUUUAAAUGAGAUCACUAGGGAAAUUUUACUUCUUGACAGAUGGAGGGGAAUCUUCAGGUUGAGAACCAACAGCACAGAUUCUCAGAAUUGUGACGGCAGCCAUGUAUCUGCUGAGGAAACUGGAGACGGAACGGGAAUGCUUCGACCCAAAGGACAAGAACAGGUGCCAUCCCGUAGCUUUUGUCCUGUCCCCAAACUCUCCACCGUCUCUUCAAAACUGAAUGGUUUGCCCAUCUCCCCAGCGAUGGCCACAAUGUUGCAAAGAAGUCUCUUUGGAAACACCGUCCACGUCCUGGGCAGUGACUGGAGGAAGGCGCAUCUCAAGUUUCACCGUCCCUUCUCUGACCUGGCUUUUGCUUUACAAGUCGAAAAGGGAGGUGCCCAGAGCGUUCAGAUGGCAGUGCAAGGUUCCAUCAUCAAACACUUACUCUUUUCCAGAGAGGAAAAACACCGCAGCCUUCACAGCUUACGUAACCUGAGCCAGCGUGAGCAGGAGCGAGCCCUAGCUGCCACACUGGCUGGCAUCCUGUGGACUGCAGGAGCAGCUCAGAAGGCCAUCGUCUGUUUUGUCACCAGAGACAUCCCUAGCACUUCGAUUCUUGACUGCUCUCGCGACAAUUUCAUUGAGAGGCUCCAGCUGUUUGAAUUUUCAGAGAGAGAAGCCGCUGAGAAAUUCAUCUAUGAUCAUUUACACUGUUUCCAAGGUGAAGGCAGCCACGGUGUCAUCCUCUUCCUCUACAGCCUAGUCCUCUCCAGAACAUUCGAGAGGCUUCAGAAGGACCUGGACAUGAGCACCACUCAUCUCUUGCAGUCUCGAGCUGGGAGCAUCCUGUGCAGGCAGGCCGUUAUCAAUAUGAUUUUGACUGGGAGGGCAAGUCCAAAUGUCUUCAAUGGCUAUGAGAAAGGAAGGUCUGGGGAAACAUUACAUGGAGUCCUGGCCCGCAGUGACAUUGGCUACUUGCAGUGGGGUAAGGACACUUCUGAGGGUGACCGACUCUCACAGGUGGGCAGCAUGCUGAAGACGCCCACAUUUCCUAUCUGGCUGUGCAACCUCAGUGGAAAUUAUAGCAUCCUUUUCUGCACAAAUAGGCAGCUCUUAUCGGACUGGAAAAUGGAGCGAGUCUUUGAUCUGCACUUUUACAGCGGGCAGCCCUCCCAGGAGAAGCCCAUGCAUCUUACAAUAGAUACUCACUCCCAUCACUGGGAAGGGGAGCGCCGUGAGGAAAAACAUGGACCAGGAAGACGGUUUUCACCGGUGGAAAUGGCAAUCAGAACUAAAUGGAAAGAGGCUACCGUGAACUGGAAUGGAGCUAGUCCCUUUUUCUGA